CACCCAAGGUCUGCGAUGCCUGCAAAAACAAAAACGAAGACGAUAACGACAUCGUGGAAAACCUCUGCAAAAAUGACUUUGCCUUGAAGAUAAAAGUGAAGGAGAUUGCCUACAUCAAUGGGGAUACCAAGAUCACCCCCGAAACAAAGAGCAAAACCAUCUACAAGCUGAAUGGGCUGACGGAAAGGGAUCUGAGGAAGAUCGUGCUCUGGCUCAAAGGUGGCCUCCAGUGUACCUGCGACGAGAUGAAUGACAUCAACGUCCCCUACUUGGUGAUGGGGCAGAAGCAAGCUGGGGAACUGGUGAUCACCUCGCUGAAGCGGUGGCAGAAAGGGCAGCGGGCUUUCAAGCGGUUCUCCCGCAGCAUCCGCAAACUGCAGUGUUAGUGGCUUCCUCCAGCAGCCGCCUCUGUCCCGAGCUCUCUGGGCCUCCUGCACCUUCUUGCUUCGGCCCCUCUGAGCCUCGAGAUGCCACGGGCAUGAGACACGGUGACCGCUCUCUGAGAGGGGAGGGAGCCCUCCAUUUCUGUACAUAGGUUAAAAUGUAAUAAAAAAAAAAAAAAUCAUGACUAUUUUUGGGAAGUAUUAAAGUAUCUCGCUUAAAGCUUUUUUUUUUUUUUUUUUUUUUUUAAAAAUGGUUGCAAACGUGACUUUGGUCUGAGGUUUUUCCCUCUUCAUUUUGGUAAUGCUGGUUCAUUUAUAUUGCUGCUUCUCUGUAUACAUGCAUGUUUGUUGUGCAAAAGUAGGAGAUGCAGAGAAAGACAGCCACGCGUGCGACUGGCCUGUCACACUGGGUACGACUCUUUCACCAAGGUGAAAUGGCUUGCCAUCUAUAUUAACACUAUAAAGGUCAUGUUACGACUCUUGCAUGUGAUACAUAAGCACCAGUAAGAGUAUAUUAACCAUUCUCACAUUUUAUUUUCCACAAGUCUGAGCCCUUCUCUCAGAACAAGUGAACAAGUUUUGGAGCUGGUUGAUCUGAAUGCAACAUUUUUUUUUUUUAUUAUUUUGCAAAUUAAACCAUCUGUAGCCUAACUGUAAUAUACCUAGUGGUUAACCUGAAAGAGUUGUAAAAUAUUGCUUUAAUUAACCUUGUAAAUACUCCAGAUAAAUGUUAUAUUCUUGUAUAUAAACUUUACAUCAUAGUUUA